AUGCCCAGCCCAGGCGCCUGCUCCCUUCGGGAAGACCCAGCCAGGCGGAGCGGGGUUUGCGAUGCCGGUGACGGGCGGCGGGCGGGGCGGGGGCCGGGGCCGGAGCCAGCGGCCGCCCGGGGCUGCGGCCGCCGCCCGCCCGGCCAAUGGGAGCGGCGCUUGUUGGCGGGCCGGGCGGUGGCGGCGUUGCCACGGCAGCGGCGGUCGGAAACCGAGCCCAGCCCGAACCGGCGGUCGGGGCGCGCCAUGGAGGGGCCGGAGGGUGAGGUUACAGUGCAAACUGGAGAUCUGUUGCCAUGUAAGAUUUGUGGAAGAACUUUCUUUCCAGCAGCUCUGAAAAAGCAUGGACCUAUUUGCCAAAAAACUUCUUCCAAGAAAAGGAAGACAUUUGAUUCUAGCCGACAGAGAGCAGAAGGAACUGACAUUCCCACAGUAAAACCUCUUAAGCCACGGCCAGAACCACCCAAAAAACCUUCUAACUGGAGACGAAAGCAUGAGGAAUUUAUAGCAACUAUACGAGCAGCAAAAGGACUUAAUCUUAAAGAUGGUGGAAAACUCCCUCCACCACCUCCACCAUCAUAUGACCCUGAUUACAUUCAGUGUCCAUACUGUCAGAGGAGAUUUAAUGAAAAUGCAGCUGACAGACACAUCAAUUUCUGUAAGGAGCAAGCUGCACGUAUUACUAAUAAGGGGAAAUUGGCAGCUGAUACCAAAGGGAAGCUUCCUACUCGAACACAGUACAAACCUGCUCCAGUUAAGAAGAUGCCUUCUGUGGGAUCAACACCAUCACCGUCCUCACGCUUACCACAGCCAAGUGGUGUUAGCAAAACUGUUGUAGGUGCCUCUUCAGGUAAAGCACUGUCUUCUUCUGGAUCCAGUGGGAGCAAAAUUCAGACGUUAUCACCAGCUCAUAGAAACUCUCUGGGAAUGGUGAACCCACAAGCAGGAGGUGCAACAAAAACCCGGACAUCAACCCCUCCUAGUGUGGCAAGAGCCAUGAGCACGGGUGCUUUAACAAACAGAAGAAAAACUAGCAAUUCAGAUGUUAACUUAAGGUCUGACGGGAAAACUGGGUAUGACAUUGGAGAUUACCCAUCCUCAGUCAACGGAGGAAGCGCAAAAAGCAGCGAAGGAAUUUCACCUGUACAGUUAUCCAAGUUCUGCCAUGAAUGUGGAACAAAGUAUCCAGUGGAAUGGGCAAAGUUCUGCUGUGAGUGUGGAAUUCGAAGAAUGGUUGUGUGA